CUUUAUUUCCAGUCUCAAGUUGUUACUUUGUUAAUCACAUGGUAGAGCCAGAGGGCAAAACAUUUUUUCAUGCACUGUGCGCUUUACCAAAACGCAUGAAGAUGUUGAACAUUUGUUAAUCAAUUCAAAUGUGCAAUUGUCAAAAUAAACGUACGAUUUUAUUAUGUUUUCUGAACAGCAAUUUGCUGGUUGCCACCCACACGCUUCCUCCACACGCGGUCUAUUUUGUGCCGCGCAGCCCCAUUGGUCCCUCAUAAAGUGUUCACUGCCUAUCGCUGUGCCUCGUACUGUUUUCUCAUUUAGAAUCCUACAACAUUAACGCAGAAGCAUUCAGUCCAAAGGCAAAAAUAUAACUGUAUGACGAAAAUUGGACUAUAACAUUCAUUUAUCUUUGCGAAAAGUAGCCUGCUCUCUUGUUACCCCUCCCCCUGAUGGAGCAGCGGUUACCAGGUUGUCGGGACAGUCGCCAUGUUUCCCUGCGUUUCCCCCUGGCCCCCUGCUGAGCCCCCCGCCUCCUGUGGCCAUGCCCCGCCGCCCGCUCAGCCCCUGCCAGACCUGCUCUGCAGCUGCCCCGCCCAUCCCGGGCCCCUGAACCCUGCCCCGCACGCCCAGUUCCCGCUGGACCACAUGGAGUCGUUCAUCGUGGUGACGGAGUACGAGCCCAGCGAGCCGCCGGGGGGAGCGGAGGAGGACGAGGUGGAGGACAUGGACAGCUCCGUGACCCCCGAGCCGGCCUCGAUGCCCCCCUUCCGCGCCCCGUCGUGCGACCUGCUCUCCCACACGGUGGGGCGUCCUGUGGCCCUGUUCCCCGAGCCUCAGGAGCACCGGGGGAGACUCAACCUGUCGGACAGGAAGCUGUCGCUGCAGGAGCGCUCGCCGACCGCCACCUCCCCCUGCAGCUCGCCGGGGCUCAACGGGCGCUACAUCUACCCCUCGCUGCCUUACUCGCCCAUCACCUCGCCCCACUCCUCCCCCCGUUUGCCCCGCAGGCCGACCGUGGAGUCCUACCGUGUCUCCAUCACUGAUCUACAGGACUGCGUUCAGCUGAACCAGUACAAGCUGAAGGACGAGAUCGGAAAGGGCUCCUACGGUGUUGUGAAGCUGGCGUACAACGAGGACGACAACACCUACUAUGCCAUGAAGGUCCUGUCUAAGAAGCGUCUGAUGAGGCAGGCAGGUUUCCCUCGGAGACCUCCGCCGCGUGGGGCCCGAGAAACUCCCGAAGGCCCCCCUCAGCCCAAAGGACCCCUGGAACGGGUCUACCAGGAGAUUGCCAUCUUAAAAAAGCUGGACCAUCCCAAUGUAGUCAAGCUCGUCGAGGUGCUGGACGACCCCAGCGAGGACCAUCUGUACAUGGUGUUUGAACUCGUCAAACAGGGGGCUGUGUUGGAGGUGCCCACAGAUAAACCUCUCAACGAGAACCAGGCUCGUUUCUACUUCCAAGACCUGCUCAGGGGAAUUGAGUUCUUGCACUACCAGAAGAUCAUCCACAGGGACAUCAAACCCUCAAACCUGCUGGUCGGCGAAGACGGCCACAUCAAGAUCGCCGACUUUGGGGUCAGCAAUCAGUUUGAGGGUGCCGACGCCCUGCUGACCAGCACGGUGGGCACGCCCGCCUUCCUUGCCCCUGAAACCCUCUCUGAAACCAGGAAGAACUUCUCUGGCAAGGCAUUGGAUGUGUGGGCCAUGGGAGUGACUCUUUAUUGUUUUGUCUUUGGAGUGUGUCCGUUCAUGGACGAGCGCAUCCUCAGUCUGCACCAGAAGAUCAAGUCCCAGCCUCUGGAGCUGCCUGAACAGGCCAACAUCUCCGAAGACCUUAAAGAUCUGCUGCUCAAGAUGCUGGACAAGAACCCUGAGACCAGGAUCUCGAUCCCACAGAUCAAGGUUCACCCCUGGGUGACGAGGAACGGUGCCGAGCCGCUCCCCCCAGAGGAUGACAACUGCUGCAUGCUGAUCGAGGUGACGGAGGAGGAGGUGGAGAACUCCGUCAAACACAUCCCCAGCCUGGCCACCGUGAUCCUGGUGAGGACCAUGCUGAGGAAGCGCUCUUUCGGGAACCCUUUCGACUGGGGCCGCAGGGAGGAGCGAGGGAACCUGUCCGCCCCGGGACAGACACUCACCAAAGGGAGAUCGGGCCGUGUCAGAUACUGCUACAUUCAUAGUAACCAAAGAAGGAAACAGGAGAGCGGCGAAGGCGUGAGGGGUACGGACCUGCCCCUCGUGGGCGAAGACGAGGCGCUCUCCUGAGGCGUGGACGUGCGCGUGUCGCUGUGUGGACGGGCGUCUUCAUAGCGUCUUGCAACUUUCCCUUUAGCCCACUCACCCACCCUUUCUCUCCCCUGCCUCCCUGGGGUCUCGCGUCCGGGCUGGACUGACACAGGCCCGGCCAAGGGAGCCUAUAGGACCAUCUUCCCGCACAAUAGCUGUGAUUUCUCUCCAGAUGUCUUGCAUGCGUUGGGUUUUCUCGUCAUAGCGUGCUGUGUCUCAGGCUUCCGCUGCAGGGGGUCGUGUUGUUAGCCUCGGCGCGUCUAGUAUCGCAGUACGCACACAUCGGGCCGCCCUCCUCACCCUCCUCCAUUUCCACAAUUCUCCGGCGCGUUUACUUCAGGGGGCCGCGAGGGCGGAGGGCCGGUGCAAGCACGCACUCUGCGCACGGACGGUUUUGACAAGACAGACAUUUCACAGAGGGCACAGACAUUUCACAGACAUUUGUUUACCCCCCCAUAGUCUACUCUUCUGUAGAGUGGGUUACUAUGACGAUGAUUGUCAAGACCACUGGUCUCAUGUCGCUGAUUUGUAACAUAUUCCUCUCACUAAGGGAAAUCCUAGGAAACAUUUGAAUAUCAAUAUUUAAGCUAUAGGAUUCAAGUACAGGAAAGACUAGAAAGAGCGUUGGGUUGUUUUCUCUCCAAAUGCAACGUUGUAUAAGCUAUGUCGACUUCUACGUGUUCACAGCAUCGACCAGGCUUCCAUGCACCUUUUUUAUACUUUGCCGUUUGAACCGUUAGGUUGUUGUAAAUUCUCCCUCCAUUGCUGGAAGCCGUUAAUAGCUUCAGCAGCAAAUAUGAGACCUAAGCACAGUACAUGAUGAUCAUGUUGACCCUUGCUGUGUGUUUGUUUGUGUGCACUAAAUCCUAGAUAUGACCUUCACUACUGCUGCCAGGAGAGUUCAGUAGCAUUAGAGAUUCCCUGUACAGGUUUGUAAUCAAGUCAAUAGAAUAUUAAGCGUAAGAGUGAAGGGCAGCGGGAAGGAGGGAGUCAUUUAUUUAAGGUACUUAAGUCAAUUAAUUCAACUGUAGGUUUCGGUUGUGAUCUCAAGGUCUGUAGCCACACUAGUGGAGUCAUGGGUGAGUUGUGGUACCCAAUGGGAAAUACAUGAUUAGACGUUUGAAGAGACAACUGAUUAAGGCAACAGCCAGUACAGACACCAGAUGAAAAGUGGGAGAGUGGUCAGAAUGCUUAUCAUAUCAUUUUGGUGUGGUUAUGAUUGUUUUGUAGCCUGGGUGCCAGCCAAACUUAGCCCGCCCACAAAAAAAUUUGGUCGGGAAGUUGGGUCUGAGGUUGCUCGGUUGGGGGAAAACUAUGUCCGAUCAAGAGCUGUUCGGACCAAUCAAAUUGUCAGGGCGGGCUUUAUACGAUGAUGGACAGAUGAUCAACAGUAAUGUAAUCAACCACAUCACCAAAGAGCGCUUGGGUUGAAUUUGUUUUCAACAAACAACAUACUACGUUGCUCUGAUUGGUUGUAGGUCUAUCCAAUUGCGUGAAGAGGCCCCAUACUCACAGCCCAACGGAGCGGUAUCAGACUCAUAUUCUGACUAGAAUUAUGAGUAUGACAACGUCAGGCUAAUUGUUUUGCGUUUAUUUCAUUAAAAAAACAACAAAAAUUGUACGACGACAGGAUAUACUGAUGUUUUUCUUAAAUAUAACACUUUCAGGACACCAAAAAAGUUGGUUCAAUUGUGUGUCAUUUUGUAAACUUAUAUUUACAUUUCAUUAUUGACAUUUUACCUUAAAACUUGAGGAUGAUUUGUUUACAAAUAUAAUGUCACUGGCUUAUCAACGUGUACAAUUAUUUUAAUACAAGGUUUACAUAGUGUGGCUGCAGACCUCUUGUCCAGUCUAUGCAUGACAUAUCUCUUACCGAAUUAUUAACAGUAACUGACAAAGUUCAUCAAAUGUGUUAUGAAUCUCCGUUGUUCUGGCUCAUUCCAACCAAUACUACACAUUACUGCAAAUAGUAUAGUAUUUUAUGGGGUCCAAAGCAGUCAAAUGACUUUUCCUAGUCUGCUUGUAGCAAGUUUUUUUUUUACUUUUUACCUUUUGCUCUUAUUUUGCAUGUGUUUAGACUUUGUUGGUGUAAGGAUAGCUAUAUUCACUAAACAUGGUUGUUGUAUAGUUUACUUGCGAUGGAACUGACAUGAAUUAAUUCAACAAGUAAUGCUUCCACUUACUGGUAUUUCAACACAAAUGUGUUGAAUGUACGAUAAAGGGAUUUAAAAAACAAACAAAACAAAAAAACGUGGUCUUGCAUGUCACUGCUGUAUUUGAACAUCUCUUCUCUGAAUUGUAUGUUGUGUGUUUUUUAAGACUUAUUACUAUGCAUAAGAAACGUUACUCUGUUGUGCAGCUGGUCAUGUCUCUGGUCAUGUCUGCUGUGUGUCUGAGAGAGAUGGGGGGGCCGCAGAGAGAGAGGAAAGAUUGAAAGAGAGAGAAAAGCGGGGUGGAUGGCAGUAGGAACAGGGGAAGGGCUCACUGUCUUUUAUACAUGAAGGGUGUAGGGAUUCUGGUUCAAUAUUGUACAAGCACUGUCGAUAGUAACUGUAACAUUGCCCGAACCAAAUUCUAUCCAAACGGACCUAACCCACUCGGCCAUGACAGAUCAUGCUAGAAAAUACAUCCUUGGUUGUGACUUUUGGAGCUGCAUUUUUUCCUUGUUCGUGUACUAAUCCAAAUUAUAUGUGCAUGUUCUGCGGUUUGACGUAACUGCAUGUAACAAAGGACAUUUGAAAUGAAAAAAAAAGAUUCUGAACACAAAUGUGCAGUAGUGUAUCCUCCACUUUUAAAUACACACACGCACACACACACACACACUCUCACACCUUAUCAUUCCGCCACAUUACUAUUAAGUGCUUGAUUGCCUUUCAAAUAACAAUAGCCAAGGUUGUUGACUGUAUGACUGCUGGGUUCUGCACCCCUCAGAACUGCAUAGCAUGGUAUUUGUAUUUCUACGUACAAAGCUAUUUCAUCUACGCAUUUUGCUUCAUCACAAUUGCCCAGUCUGAAUAGAAGGGCUAUUAUCGAUAUAAAUAUCAAUAUCUUUAUUGUUUAUCAUAUCGUACACAUUGUACUGUAGCAUUAUGCCAUAGUAAGAGCUUUGGGGCUGUCUGAAACAUGAACGCAUGCCAACAUAAUGUACCCGCACCAUGGUAUUGUCAUAGCAUGAUAACAGCUACUCACCAACGUGAGGCAAUGAAAAACUAUUAUACAUAUUGUAUCCAGUUCAUUAUUUGAAUAAAUAACAGUUGCCUUCCUGCA